AUGAACCAAUUUAUUUUCUAUUUUAUUCUAAUUAUCAAUUUAUUCGCAUCUGGUACAUCGAAUAAAAAAAAUAAUAAUAAUAACAGUGUUGCUUACAAUAUUCCUGAUCCAGAUUGUACUGGUGUAUUUAAUUUAUGUACGGAUGCUGAUAAAGAACGACUUGGCCGUCAAGCCAUUAAAACAAUACAUGAACAAAUGGAUGAUGAUAAAGAUGGACUGAUUGAAGCAUCUGAAAGUCGUGAUUUCAUUCAUGAAGAAUUAGAAUCCAAAACUGAUUCAAUACGACAUCGUCGUUUUCAAAAUGCUGAUUUACAAAUAACAUUUGAUGAUUUAUGGACACAAUGGAAAAAUAAUCCAGUUUAUAACUGGACGAAUGAUGAAGUCAUUCGUUGGGUUGUUAAUCAUGUUCAUUUAUCAGCUUAUGUUGAAUAUUUUCGUCGAAAUCAAAUUGAUGGUCGAAUGAUUCCAAGAUUAGCAACAAACGACAAGCAAUAUAUUUCAACAAUCAUGCAAAUACGUGAUCCAAGACAUAAACGACGUUUAAUUAUUAAAGCUACAGAUGUAGUUUUAUUUGGUCCACCACAACGAACACAUAGUUAUAUUAAAGAUAUAAUUUUAAUAUCAGCAUUAUUAGUAUCGAUUGGUGCCUGUCUAUAUGCUUUUAUUCGGCAUCGUAAAACACAAGAAAGUAUGAAUAUGAUGUUACGAGAACUUGAAUCAUUACAAAAAGCUGGAUGUGAUUUAAUUGCUGUAACUGGAAAAAUGAAAACUAUGGAGAAUGAAUUACAAGAUAAAUCAAAAGUGGAUCGAGGACUGUUAAAUUCUUGGUUUCUUGAAGUACAACGAACUAAAGAAGAAGCUGAAAAAUAUCGAAAACGUCGUGACACAACAGUUGAUAAUGAUAAACAACUUCGUUUAGCUGUUCAAGAAAUUGAACAAUUACGUAUAGCUUUACGUAAAGCAGAAGAACAUGCUCGUCAUCAAUCAUAUGAAGCACCACCUGAAUUAAUUGAUUUACUUAAACGUACCUAUCAUAUUGAAGAAACAGCUUUUGAACAAAAACGUAAAUCAGCUGAAACUGCAAUGCUAACUGCUAAAGAUCAGAUGAAUAAAAUUUCAAAAAUGCAAAAAGGUUUCUUUGGUGCUGUACGUAUUGCUCAUACAGGUUGUAUGGAUAAUAUUAGUGAAUUAAUUAACGCAGCCAAAGAACGAUUGGCAGAGGUUCAUGAUGAAUAUGAAGAACGUGAACAACGUUGGAAUCGAAUUGCAUCAUUACUUGAUCGUAAUGAUCUAAUUAGUCCAUCAACAAUAAUCAAUGAUUCCAUUAGUCGAGUCAAACAGACAUCAAUGGAAUCAACUAGUUUGAUUACUUCAAGCAAUGAUUCACCGUCCAUUGGUAAACAAAACAGUCGAGGUUUUGCUGCAAAUCCAAUACAUUCAAAUCAAGGAUCUCAACAAGAUACAAUGUGUCAGUAUGAUAUUGGAUUUGAACAACCAAAUUCAUCAACCGGUAUAAGAAAUCGUUUAACAAUGAAUAAUCGUCCAUCUACAGAUCAUCUUGCAAACAGUUCAUCGCUGCUCCAUUCAUAUUCAACUAAUGGUAUCAUUGAUGCAUAUCGAAAUUCAACAGUUUUUACUCGUCCAAAUACGAAUGAUCCACUUGAUAAUUUACCAUCGAAACAAAUACAAUCAUUAUUUGAUGGUAAUGCUGAUCGUCAGAUUUCUACGAAUGAUUCUUUGUCUGAUGAUCAACUACAACAAUCUGAUGGAAAUUCUCAAGUGAUAAAUUCAUCAAACGAUGAUCGUCAAUCAGUGUCGUCAGUAGGAAAACCACGAAAACAGAUAAUAGCAACGAAAUUUUUUAAGCCAUUUCAAAAUAUACGUUUUCGAAAGAAAAUUGGCACUUCAUGA